AUGCUUUUCAAUUUAUUUUAACUACUUUAUUGCUGCUUUUCACUUGAAUUGUAAUAUAUAGAAGAUGAAAGAGCAAAAUGUUUAGAUGGUACUUUGGGUGUAAUUAUUUUUAAUAAAUAUAGACCUAUUACUUUCAAAAAGGAUUUAAUGAUGGUUAAAAUAAGUUUUUAGUGUAUUUUGAAGGAGGAGAGUAACUAUAUGUCAAAUAUAAAAGGCUUAUUCUAGGGAAUACAGAGAAAGAAUUUUUAGUCAAUGCUAUUGAUAAGUUUAAUUUUGAUUUUAUUAAGGAUGCAUACUUUAUAAGGAAGUUCAUUAAAUAGAGCUAGAUCUUUAGAAUUUAAUGGAGUAUUAUCCGAAAAUAAAACACAAAAUUACUAUUUCUAUAAUUGGAAUCUGAUUCAUAUAAAUUAUUGUGACGGUGUAGGUAUUUAUAAUUUUAUUUUCUAAGGCUUUUAAGGUUAUAAAUCUGAUAUAAUUAAUUACGAUUAACAAUAAAUAUUUUUUAGAGGAGAAUUAAUAGUAAGAAGUAUUUUAGACCAUUUUAAAAUCAAAUUUUAAAAAGCUGAAAUAAUAAUAUUAUCGGGUUGUUCGAUUGGUGGAGUUGCUGCACUUUAAUGGUAUUAGUAUCUAAGUUAAAGUGUACCAAACAAUAUUUCAAUAUUAUGUGUUCCUGAUUCAAGCAUAUUAUUUGAUAUGCAAUCUAUGAAUGGAACUAGAAUAUUGUAGCAAUCUUUAAAAAUAAUGAAUUACAUAGCUAAUAAUGAAACAUCAAUCCCUCAUUAAUAAUGUGCAUAUUACUUUCCUAAUGAAAAUUGGAAAUGUUUCUUUUUCUAAAAUUUAAUACACUAUAUUUAACAUCCAAUUUUCAUUAUUUAACCAUUUUAUGAUAUAAGUUUUCUUUAAAAAUAUCUCGAUAUAAAAUGUAUAAACAAUUUAACACUUAAAUAUUGUUAACAAAAUGAAAUGGAUUUUAUUGAUUAGGUUUACUUAAAAUUUCGUCAAAUAAUUUAAGAAUCCUUGAUAAAUAAUACUAAAAUAGGAUCCUUUGCUCCUAGUUGUAUUAAUGAUUGGUAAUUUUAGAAUAUUAAUUUAGUUUAUUAGUAAGUAAGUUAUCAUUUUCUUUAAAAUGGACGAUCCCAGAAGGAUCAAAUAGAACAGUUUAUUCGACUUUAAUUAAAUGGAUAGAAACAUUAAAAUCCAAUUCAUUUUUAGAGGAUGAUUUAGAAUUGAUUGAUAAACUGCCAUGGCCAAUGAAUUCUGGAUGCGCUGAAUUUACAUUAUCAAUAAACUUAAUUAAAUUGAUAAAUAUGAUUUUAUUGAUAAUUAUUAUUAUUUUUUGA